AUGGACGAGCCGGACGAUCAAGGGAGGCUCUCGUCGCAACAUUGCAUGGGCGGCGACGGCAGACCCUCCUACACCACUGAGUCGGUGCUGACAGCCGUCGAGGACCGCGAACUGGAGCCCGGGGAGCAGCAAGAGGAUGGUACGUCUCAUCGAUGGAGAACACGCAAUCGCAACAAGAACCCUAAAGGUCUGCUGCAUCGGUUUGCCAAGGUGAGUACCUCUACCAAGAUGUAGAGGAGCGAUGCUGAAGUGUAUGCUUCGCUAGCAGAACCGGAACGACAAGCCUAAGAAUCGCUCUUUUAAAGCUUGGAUAUCGGCCAUACCAUGGCUUGGAGCUCGUCAAGAACGGCAAGCGAGAUAUGGAUCUCUUGCAUGAGGCCUUGACACUGAAACACAAUUGUUCGGAGCACGCAUACGGCCAGCUGGAAUUCGACCAGAUAUGGGGGAAAUACGACGUAAAACCCCCAUCCAGAGCACAGCCUUCCAGGACGCUGACGGACCCUUCAUAGGCCCUCAUCGAUCUUCCAGCCUACGCCUUCGUUCCCGAGCUCCUAAAGCACUACCCUCAAACACUCAAAUUCAUCCUCACCGACCGCCACGUAGACGUCUGGCAUGCAGAGAUGCAAAAAUCAGUCUUUGCGCACCUGGAUUGCCGCUCUCUGCUGCUUCAAUCCUUCUACGACAGCCACCACGCCCGACCUCUUCGACGCCUCAUGCGAAAAUGGGCUCACAUGUUCUGUGGCCUAGACUUCGGGGGUGGAGCGCGGAGAGCAUACGUGGAGCAUGUGCGCUAUUGCUUGAAGGCCGUGCCGAAGGAGAGGCUGUUGAUUUUGAAGUUUGAAGAGGAUGGAGAGGAUUGGUGGGAAGAUUUGUGUACAUUUCUUGGGCACGAGGUACCGAGGGAAGUGUUUCCGAGGGUAGACACGGUCGAGGCGUUUGAUCAGGUCGAAGAGAUCAGUAGAGGGAAUCCAGAAUUAGCGGCGAUGCAGAUCAUACUAGCGGCUAUUGUCGUCGCCGCUGUAGCUGCAGUAUGGUGGUGCCACGUAAUGAGGCUGUGA